UAAUAUUAAAAUAGCAGUAGUAAUAAUGAAAAUGGAUAAUUUUGUAAAAUGUGUUGCUGACUGAGUCAUUCUCAGUUUGAUCAACCAAUGGGCAACAUGUCCAAAUAUUUUUAGCUUUCAAUCAAGUCCAAGAAGUUUCCUUUAGCUUAUGGUGAUCAAUAAAAUAUAAGAAAAUCAUCAAAUGUUUGAAAGAGUCUCCUUCAUCACUGACAACUUUAAGAACAUGUAACACAUUAAUAUGGAGUUUUAGCAUUUGAUAUGGUCAACUCAGAAACCAGAUGAAGGGAACAAACAGAAGCCAAAGGCAGAGUUUCCAACAACACUUAAUCAUUGAUUACUCUGCUGGACCUAGAAAGCAUCAUCACAAGUUUGGCUUUUCCUUCAAAAGUGUCACGAAAAAGAUAAGUGAUGUUUUCUCUACACUUGUCUCUUGGCAGAAGAAAGCCAAUUCUGAGACCAACAGAAGUCCAAGUCCAGAGAGGGAGGUCUCCUCAUCAAAAGGUAGUAACUCUUCCGGAAGCAAGAGGGGAAUUUUGUUGAAACCCCAAUACUCUAAUUCCCAUAGAACUUCAAUGGCUACCAGGGAGCAGCUAGGUACAUUUGAGUUCUCGUUUGAUGAAAUUUGCCAGGCGACUGGAAAUUUUUCUGCUGUACACAAGAUUGGUGAAGGUGGGUUUGGGACAGUGUACAAGGGAAAGCUUAAGAAUGGAUUUCCUGUUGCUAUUAAGCGCGCUAAGAAGGAUUUGCGAGUGUUGGCAGAAUUCAAGAAUGAAGUCCAGGCAUUGUCAAAGAUUGAACAUCUAAAUCUUGUUAGAUUUUAUGGAUUUCUGGAGCUCAGAGAUGAGAGGAUUAUUAUCACUGAAUAUGUCAGCAAUGGAACACUUCGAGAACACUUGGAUGGUAAGAAUGGAACCGAGCUUGAAGUUGCCGAGCGUUUGAGCAUUGCUAUUGAUGUAGCUCAUGCUAUUACCUAUCUGCACUCGUACACAGAUCCUCCAAUUAUCCAUAGAGAUAUAAAAGCAUCUAACAUACUCAUCACAGAAAAUCUCCAUGCUAAAGUAGCAGACUUUGGAUUUGCACGAUUAGCUGCUGAAGAUCCCUGUGCUACACACAUUUCUACACAAAUAAAAGGGACUGCCGGCUAUUUAGAUCCUGAGUACUUAAGGACAUACCAGCUUACUGAAAAGAGUGAUGUCUACUCCUUUGGUGUUCUGCUUGUAGAGAUGAUGACAGGAAGACAUCCCAUUGAAACAAAUCGAACCAUUGAUGAGAGAGUGACGAUAAAAUGGGCGAUGAGAAUACUAAAACAUGGGGAUUCUAUAAUAGCAAUGGAUCCAAGAUUGCGAAGAAGCCCAGCAUCAAUUGAGGCUGUUGAAAAAGUACUCAAACUAGCUAGACAAUGCCUUGCACCUUCCAGAUUGGCGAGACCAGCUAUGAAAAAAUGUGCAGAGGUACUAUGGGGAAUUCGAACACAGUUUGUAGAGAAAAGUAUCCCAAAAACUUCAACCUCUAGCCACUCUACAAACUUUCUGCACAGAAAUGCAAAAAGGGAUUGGGAGGAUUUAUACACAGUUAACUAUAGCAAGAACUACAAAUUUGUGUCCACUUGA